CAGCCCGGCUUCCUCUCACAAAGCUUAGAGACAAGAGCACUCGGAUCAGCACCCAGGAUUCGAUAUUAGCGCAUUUCAGCAUCAUGCAUCAAGCCAUCCUCUGGGCAGCUCUGUUUACUAUAGUUCUGGCUGAAAAAUCUCCUCGACUGAAAUUUAUUGUGCAAGAGCCAGCAAGGUUUCACUUCACAAAACCAGAGAACUACAUGACAAUGUACCACCAUCAGGGAAGCAAUGUUCUGUAUGUUGGGGGGCAAGCAGUUAUUUAUAUGAUAAACUUCACCCAGAAGGGAGUGCAAGAAACUCAGAUUUCUGCAGUGACUGAUGAAAGUGCCAGACAAAGAUGCCUCACUACAGCAACAUCUAAUGCAAGAGAGACACGGAUGGAGUGUGACAAUUUCAUCACUGUCAUCGAAAAAAUCAAUGACACCUUUGUAGUGUGUGGGACCAAUGCUGGUACUCCUAAAUGUUGGCUAUUGGUGAAUAACACUGUGCUUACCGACAUGCCUGAUAUCGGACAGAAGAUAUCCGCCUCAGAUAUUUCCCCGACCAGUCCCUCUCAACGCUCUGUCAGUCUCUCAGCAGAUGGGAGCUUGUAUUCUGCUCUGUCAGCUACGGAAAAACAGGUUGGCACUAUUCGUCGGACAUACAGCUCCAAAAAGCACCUAAAGACUGAGGACAAAUGGCUGUUAAACCCUCAGUUUGCUGGAGCUACAGUCAUUCCAGCAACACAGAAAUACAAUGAGGAAAUCUAUAUUUUCUUCAGUGAGAUCAACAAGACUGCUAAUUUGGAUGAAGAACCAUACAGGGCCCAAAUUGGACGAAUUUGCAUGAAUGAUGAGGGUGGCACAAAGACCAUGCUGCCUGACUCUUGGACUACGUUCCUGAAGGCUCGUGUGAUGUGUGGGACAGUCAGCACCCCACGGCAGUACAACAACAUCAGGCGAGCUUUUUUGCUGACAUCCCCGAAUCGCACUGGAGUCAUGUAUGGACUUUUCUCCAAUGCAUGGGACACAACUGUUGUCUGCGCAUACUCAGUUGAGGACAUUGACAUGGUGUUCGCUAAGUCAAAGCUUAAGGGGUACAACAACCCAUUGACUGGAAAUCGACAUGGAAUGUGUGGUCCUAAGAAUCAAUCAACAGCUCAGAACUCCAAAAUGCUAGGAGUGAUCAAGGAUCAUCCUGAGAUUGAGGAUAUUAUACUGCCAGUCGGAGAAGCUCCUCUAGAUCUGCCAACUGAAGACCACUUCACGCACAUUGUAGCAGACACUGUGCUUGCAGUCAAUGACGAGCAUUACAUUGUCAUCUACUUGGGCACAGAACAGGGAAAAAUUCUAAAAGUGCUCCACACAAGUGAAGAGGCUUUUAUUAUAUCCCAGUAUUCUCUGUUUCACAAUGAGGGGCCCAUCAUAAACAUGGCCAUCGACUCAAAGAAAGGUCACCUUUACAUUGGCACAGCAAUGGAGGUCCAGCGCCUACCUCUGGCGGACUGCAAUCGAUAUGGCGACAGUUGCAGGGAGUGCAUUCUCUCCAGAGACCCAUACUGUGGGUGGGACUUGGCUAAAAAGCGGUGUCUGGCAAUUCCAUCAAAUUACAAUGUUACUACUGGUGGACUCCUACAGAGUCUUGAUAAAUCCAAUGCAUCUGUUUGUGGACACACUGCAGGUCUUAAGAUACGCAGUACAAUACCUAAGGAAGUGCAGAUGCACAAAGAUGGUCCAGUCCUGCUGCCAUGUCCCAUUCGCUCCUACCACGCCACCUAUAGCUGGGAAAAGGACAACUGUAUCAAGCGCUACCCCUGUACUAUUUCUGGUUCAUCUUGUGUUCUUGGCUCGAAUCCUGAUCUGCCAUUGAAGGAAGGGGUAUUUCGUUGCAUGGCCACGGAGAGUGGCCUGAAACAGGAAGUGGUGUCCUACAGGUUGAUGUUUAAUGCUGGGCCUCCUGCUUCUUCACUGGCUUCCACACUGGCUCUGUCUCUACUACUGGCCAUGAUUGGCUUCUGCCUCCAGUAGCCUACUAACACCCUACCUCAGGCUCCUAGUACAGUAGAUAUGAUUGGAGCAUGUUUCGAUACCUAGGUUAGGGUCACAGAUCAAGUGUGUACAACAACUCUUUAUUCAAAGGACAAGAAAAGUAGGCAGUAAUUUGUAAAGACAUCAGGUAAACAAUUUUAUUGCAGCAUUUGAAAAGAUUGAAAAAAGAUCUGGAACUCAUUUUAUACAUAUCAAAGUUUGAGAUUGAGGGUAUAACCUAAUGCCUUGAAUAACACAGUGGGUUUAAGUUACAUUGCUUUGUGAACCUAACCUGUGGAUCAGUCAAGCAGCUCUGUCUAUUCUAUAUAUACAGUACCAGAUGCUUGAUCCGUCUAAAUUAUGAAUACCUGAAGCUGAAGUAUCACUGUAAUGCAGAUAUUCUGUUCAAUGUCAAUUAAGGUUUUCUUUAAUUUAUUUACAUUUUAAUUUUGCAUACAUUAAAGAAAUUAUAUAUACAGUAUAAAAAGCCUUAAGAUCAUGCAUUGGGUAUCAACCUAAGCACAAAUUACCAUUUGAGCAGAAGCUGCAGGAUCUUUAUUGACUUAUUUUAUGUGCCAUCUUUUUUGCUGAGCAGGCAGAAAGAAACUAUAAAGGCAGAAGACAACUCAUCGAAAUAUGUCACUGUGUAAAACAGCAUCAUUUCAAACCGUUACAUUAUUUAAUGUAUACAGAUUCCUACAGCAUUUCAUAUUUGUGUGAACAUCUGUGAUUUUUUAAAAUAACAAACAACAUUCAUUUUUCAACUUAUGAUAUGAUGGCCAAAUAUGCUUGAAUAGUAGAAUUACAUUUUGUAGUAGCUGUGGAAAAAAGCUUGUGAUUAAUCUUACUUGUAUCAAUGUAAAUUUAUUGCUCUGCAUCUCCACUAUUGCUGCCUAUGUAAAUGGAGGGAACACCUGACAGUUUUAUAGUGAUGUGACCUAUGUCUUUAGAGUAUAUCAUUUAAUUUUAUUUUUUAUGUAAAUGUCUCAUGAUCUAACUAUUUGUCAUAUGGGACUGUGAUUCCUACAACCAUGCAAGAGACAGACAGUCGAGGAAGAAAGACAAUAUAUAAUUCUUAUUCCUGGAACAAUCUCUCCCAAAACACUCACAUAUAAAUGACUUUAACUUUAUUUAUUUUAAACUCAUUCUGUCUCAGAGUUCAAGUAAUACUAAAGCAUUAAUUACUAAUAUAAAAAAUAUGUAAUGUGUGCUGAUUGCUGUCAUUCAAUUAAA